UCAUCGUAUUAUUGUACCUACUAUCUAUGAGUAUAACCAGGCUAUAGAAGAACAACCCAUAGUCAGUAAAGUAGAUAAUAAUUGGGAAGAAGAAUAUGAGGAUGAGAAAUUAAUCUCUCAUAAAGCCUAUAUCUUGAAAGCAAAAUCUAAUAAUAUUGAAGAUUUAGGAUAG